UUGACAGCCCAUCUUGUCUUAUUUUUAAUGUGGGUGUGGUGGGGUCGAGGGCUGGGCCCAGGCCUUCACAUAUGCUCAGCAAAGGCUCUACCACUAAGAUGCAUAUCUAGCCCUGAGAUCUUCCUGGAAGUCACUUGGUCUUUGAGGGAGCCCACAACAGCCACAGAGCAGGAAGGCAGAUUCAGUCGCUGACUAUAGCUCUGAAAGGAGUUUUCCACCCAACCCCAAGGUCUGCAAUUGCCUUCACACCUUCCAGCUUUCUUCAGCACCCUGUGAAACUAUCCCUCCAUGGGGCUCAGGCAUGGGUGACAGCAGGAUUCUGGGAUCUGGAGAGGCCUAGAGUCCUGCCUUGCGCAGCAAAAGUUGCUUCUCCUGUCACCCCCACCCCCACCCUCGGGCUCCAGGAGGCGUGCCCAGGGCUUGCUGGCCUAUCACGGUCUUAUUUGAAUGCAUGUACUGCCCAACGAGGAGUUUGCUUCAUAGGUGAGGGAAUCUGUCACCAUCAGUUCCAUUUCUUUCUUUCCCUGGAUAUUAGGCAAGUGUGUGUUCUUUGGAAGUCCAUCCUAGAUCCCAGGCCUGACAGGUCGCCUUCGCUGACUUCAGGAGCCGCGGUCGGUCAGACAGCAGGACAACCGGAGGCUAGAAAUGGAGUCAGUGAGCUUUGAGGAUGUGGCUGUGAAGUUCACCAAGGAGGAGUGGGCUCUGCUGGAUCCAUCCCAGAAGAAGCUGUACAAAGAUGUGAUGCAGGAAACCUUGAGGAACCUGGCUGCUAUAGGAAACAAGUUGGAAAACAAGAAGGUUGUAAAUGAGUAUAAAAAUCUCUGCAGAAAACUAAGCAGCCAACUGGUAGCAAAAUUCUGUGAAUAUAAAGAAGGUCUUCAGUGUACAGAAUUCUUCAGCUGUAUUCCAGAGCCUUCUGUGAACUUGAAAUCUUCUCCAGGACUUCCCACAUGUGAGAAGCAUGUGUGUGGAGAAGGAAGCAUUGGCCAUUCUUCUCUAGGUGCAACCCCAAAUCAUCAGGUAGGACACAAACCUCAUGAAGACCAAGAAUUUGGACAGAAGUUGUACAAACAUAAGGAGUUUGGGGGCAGCUCCAGUUCUCCUCUGUCCCUUCGGACACAUAAAAGGGCUCACACUGGAGAUAAACUGUCUAAAAAUAAGGACUACAAAGAUGACCUUCUUGGUCGCCAAUCUGGUCAAAGGAAUGAAGAAGAUGACCAUGCUAAAAAACCUCAUAUUUGCAAGCAGUGUGGGAAAGGCUUCACCUAUCCCAGUUCUUUACAAACACACGAAAAGAGUCACAGUGUUAAGAAGCCCUAUGUGUGUAAACUGUGUGGGAAAAGCUUUUCUCGGUUAGGUUCCCUUUCAAGACAUAAUGUAAAUCAUUCUUGUGAGAAGGCAUUUCUUUGUAAUCAUUGUGGAAAAACUUUCACUCGUUCUGCUACUCUUCUAAGACAUAAGAGAACUCACACUGGUGUGAAACCCUAUGUGUGUAAGCAAUGUGGGAAAGCCUUCACUGUUUCUCGUUACCUUAAAGCACAUGAACUAACUCACACUCGGGAAAAAACUUAUGUAUGUAAACAGUGUGGGAAAGCCUUCACAUUUUGGAGUCAAUAUCAGAAACAUAAAGUAAUUCACAGUGGUGUGAAUCCCUACGUUUGUAAGCAGUGUGGGAAAGGCUUCACUUAUUCCAGUUCCUUACAGUCACAUGAAAGAAUUCACACUGGUGAGAAGCCCUAUGUGUGUAAGCACUGUGGAAAAACCUUUGCUCAUUUUGGUAACCAUAAAAGACAUGAAAGGAUUCACACUGGAGAGAGACCCUAUGUAUGCCAGCAAUGUGGGAAAUCUUUCAAUGAUUAUGGUUCCUUUCGAUUGCAUAAUAGAGUGCAUGCUGGAGAAAAACCCUACAAAUGUAAGCAGUGUGGAAAGAAUUUAGCUUCUUCUUCCUCCCUUCAGAGCCAUGAAAGGAAUCACUGUGGAGAGAAGCCCUAUGUGUGUUUGCAAUGUGGGAAAGCUUUCAGUUUUAAGAGUUCUCUUCGAAAACAUAACAUCAUGCAUAGUGAAAAAAAACCUUAUGAAUGUAAGCAUUGCAAAAAAGCCUUUCAUCAUUUUUAUUUACUUCGAGGACAUGAACGAAUUCAUAGCAAUGACAGACCAUAUCGGUGUAAGCAAUGUGGGAAAGGUUUUUAUUAUUCUAAUUAUCUUAAAAAACAUGAACAAAUCCAUAGCGGCGAAAGGCCCUAUCAGUGUAAGCAAUGUGGGAAAGCUUUUCAUUAUCCUAAUUAUCUUAAAAAACAUGAGAAACGAAUCCACAGCAGUGAGAAACCCUACCAAUGUAAGCAAUGUGGGAAAGCCUUCUGGUCUUCUGAUCAGGUUAAAAAGCAUGAACGCAUCCACACCAGGAACAGACCCCAUGAAUGUAAGAUGUGUGGGAAAGGCUUUACAACUCCUAAUCAACUUCACUCUUGUGACAAACCUUAUUUAUGUAAGCAAUGUGGGAAAGAAUUUUUGUUUCCAUAUCGUUUGCAAAGACAUUUACUAACACAUAGUAGAACAAAUAAGGAUGUUCCUAAGUAACAUAAGAAAGUCUUCUCUUCGUUAGUUCUCACAGAAAUCAAACCACAUAAGAGUGAAAUCAAUUAUGCUGAGAGUGUGGGAAAAUGUCCCAACAAGUCAUAAUGGAGGGAAGCUACUCUUGAAUUGAUGUGGCUUUUAGUACUAGAAAUUCUCUUCAAAUACAUGGAAGGAAACACACUAGAUAAAAGCCUUGGGAGAAAAGCUACAAGUAAUGUAAUAAAAUCUUCUGCAUUCUUUUCAUUAUGGAGAAUAUGUAAAAUAGAUCACACUAGAGAAAAACCUUACAUAUGCAAUAUAGAUAGCCUUUAGUUCUUAGGGGGCCCUAAAAUGUUGUAGUAAUCCUUUUGGAGAGAAAUCCUUCAUAUAGAGUAUGGUGGUUUGAAUUAAAAUGUCCCUCAUAGGCUCAUAUUUGAAUGCUUAGUCACCAGCAAGUAGAAUGGUUUGCAAAGAUUGGAAGGAUUAGAAGGCAUGGCUUUUUGAAGUAGUUGUAUAACCUUCUUGGAGGGAUUGUGUCACUGGGUUUGGCUUUGAGGUUUCAAAAGCCCAUGGCAGAUCCUUUCUUUCCCCUUGCUUCAUGCUGCCAGUCAUGAUGAUAUUAGACUAAUUCUCUGAAAUUGUAAGCAAGGCUCCAGUUAAAUGCUUUGUCUUAUAAGAGU